AUGAGCAAUAUUGAGCCCAUUACGGACCCCUCGAGGGUCCCUGCCCUCGGGCACUCUCAGGCAUCGCAGGAAUCUCAGGAAUCCUACGACGAUGAGUUCACCCUUCCAACCAAAGAAGAAAAUCAAACACUUCGCAAAGUGGCCGCCAAUCUGCCCCUCGUUGGUUUCUCCCUCUGUCUAGUCGAGUUUGCCGAGCGCGCGUCCUACUAUGGAGCACAGACAGUCUUCUCCAACUUUGUCGAAUUCCCAUUGCCCGAAGGUGGCAAUGGAGCCGGUGCUCCUCCAGCUGGAACCCAAGGAACCGCCGGAGCUCUGGGAUGGGGAUUACAAGCCAGUACUGGUUUCGUGCUACUUUUCAAGUUUUUGGCUUAUAUCGUCCCGAUCUUCGGUGGUUACUGGGCAGAUACUUAUAUCGGGCGGUAUAAGGCCAUUGUGAUUGGUGUUUUAAUCUGCGGUGUUGCCCACAUCAUCCAGGUCGUCGGCGCGAUCCCCUCUGUUCUCCAGAAGGGCAAAUCUAACGCGGCUCCGCCAUUCGUCAUUGGCCUCUUGCUUCUUGCCAUCGGUGCCGGUAUCUUCAAGCCGAACAUCUCACCGACCGUACUAGAUCAGCAUAAAUCUAAAACGCCUUACGUUAAGACGCUCAAAUCAGGCGAGAACGUUAUUGUCGACCCCGAAACUACCAAUACUCGAACCAUGCUGCUGUUCUACAUGUUUGUCAAUAUCGGUGCUUUCUAUAUGUUAGCGACAACCUACGCGGAAAAGUAUGUCGGGUAUUGGCUUGCCUUCCUGCUAUCGGGUAUCAUUUACUUCUUGCUUCCAAUCCUCCUCUUUGCUGUCUACAAAAAGACCAAAAAGCAACCUCCUAGUGGAAACAAGGACCUCGCGGAAGCCUUUAAAAUUGGAUGGACUGCCCUUAUACAGAGCAAAUUCCAAUUCUGGCGCAAAGACUUCUGGGAUUCAGCAAAGCCCGCAACCCUUCGUAGUAAGGGUAUCGAAGUUAGCUGGACGGAUACCUCAGUAUUGAAAGUUGCGAAAACAAUGGAGGCAUGCGACAUCUUCUGGUUUUACCCAAUCUACAAUCUAAACGACGGUGGUAUUGGCUCAGUGGCUACGAACCAAGGUGCAUCAAUGGUCACAAACGGAGCACCCAACGACGUUCUAAACAACUUCAAUGCGCUGACAAUUAUGGUCGCCAUCCCGAUCCUGACUUUCGUAAUCUACCCAUUCCUGGAGCGGCGCAAGUUGAAGCCCGGUCCCAUUACCCGAAUGACAAUUGGCUUCGCUAUUGCCACUUUAGCUGGCAUAGCCGGCGCACUCGUCCAAUGGAAAGUCUACCAGCUCUCACCGUGUGGCACUCACGCAUCAACUUGUGACAACGUCGCCGAUAUCAGUAUCUGGUGGCAGAUUCCUAAUACAUCUCUCAGCGCUAUAAGUGAGUGUUUCGCCAACGUCACGGCGUACGAGGUGGCCUAUGCUCGGGCCCCAGAGAGUAUGAAGGGCCUGGUCGUUGCUAUUUUCCUUUUCAUGACUGCCCUGUCUAGCGCUCUUGGUGAGAUUCUCAUCCCGGCGACUGCGGACCCGUGGUUGAUCUGGAUUUGGGGUGCUCCUGCAGUCGCCCUGGCGGUUCAGACGGUUAUUUUCUGGUUCAGGUUCAGGCAUAUGAACUCUGAGAACUACUUUGCCGACAACGUUGAUUCUUCUCAGGUUGAGGGGGUGCAAGUGUCAACCAAGACGGACGCUUGA